AUGGCGACCGUUAGUGGUGCUGAUUAUGAUGUUCAUCUGGGGUUUUGGACGAACUGGUCGCAUAACAGAGCUAAUGGGGCGACGAUUACACUCAAACGUAAAGAUGGAGAUCUUCUGAUAAGUUUCAUCGCUAUAUUCGUUGCGCUAUCCGGAAAGAGCUUUUGGAGGAUAUGUUGUUUUAUCACUCAUCGUUGUCUCUCAACCAUUACACCCCAAGACGGUCUCUACCACCAACGGCAAGCGAUAUUAAGAAAUGCAGACACACCCGAAGAUGGGGCAUGGCGAAUUAUACAAGCUUUACUUGCUUGGAGGAAAAACGCCCGACGCCCGAUACUCAGGCUUCUACCGCUGGCUUUGCUCGCUUGGACAACCUUCUCGCUCUUGCUAGUGGGAGGUAUCUUCUCUUCCCGUCUGACUUCUGAUAAUGGCAGUGAGGUUUUACUCACUGGCAAACACUGUGGCCCAACAUCCGAUCUGUCCAAAGUCACUGGGGAUGAUGUGAAACUAUACAGAAACCCGCAGAUAGUCCAGCGUUCGACUGCACAUUCCAACUACGCCUUGCAGUGCCACGCCAAUACCACGGGAGAAGAGGACUGCCGACUUUACGUCAAACCUUGGAUACAGUCGACUGUAGACCGCAAUGCGAGCUGCCCGUUCGCUGAGAGCAUCUGCAAGAGCCAGACCGGAAACAUCAGAUUAGACAGCGGCUUCAUCGACAGCCAUCACGACUUGGGCAUCAAUCGUCCACAGGAUGAACGCUUCCAAAUGCGCUUCGUCACUCAAUGCGCCCCCAUCAAGAGUGAAGGGCACAAAACGAUUCUGGAACGUCCCAACGAUGUCCCAGUAGCCCAAUAUUGGUAUGGAAACAUCAGUUAUUUGAUGAGUAAGGAGAACUAUACUGGGUUUACUUUCGAAGUUUUGAACAACUAUACUCAUUUGGAUCUCCCCUCCUACGCUGUUGCUGUGAGUGCGCGUCCUGAAUACGGCCUAGGAACUGUCCUCGGUCUCCAAGGUGGCAAAAGCUACAGAGGUAUUUACAGCUUUGAACCCAUACCUGAGCUUAUCAGGAAUGAUGCAGACGUCGCGCUGUUGUUUCUCACAGCCCAAGGAAUUGGGUUCUCCACACGGGUGACGGACCCGUGGUUUUCUGCAUCGGAGGAGUGGUUGGUCAGUAGGACCAACAAUAACGUUGGCGCUGCAAGUAAAAAGGCUCUUUAUCUUACAGACGAACCCGCCAGUACACUCGGAUGCGCCCAGCAGGUUCAAUUUUGUAAUCCCAAUCGACCUGAAAAUGAACGAUGUGAGACACUCGAGGGAAUGUCGCGCGAGCGUGAGCACUCGAAAGAUCUUUGGAAUGAAAAGCAGCUUGAGGCUAUUGCCUGGGCAGAAUCUGUCUGCCCACAGGAGUUUGUGCACACUGACAACCUCGUUGCCUCCAUUGGUACAUCGGUGUUAUUGGCACGUACCGGCCUUGGAGGCGGAAUUGCGGGCCCCAUACCGGAUAAUCAGUGGCAACUUGAGAUUGAGCAUCUCAUUGCGUCUUCGUUGGCCAGCUUACAAGGCACUUUUGUCGAAUCAGCCAACGGGCCCAGGACUGAAGAGCUGAAACGCUUUCAAGUGUUGCCGGAAACAGCUAUCGCAAAGUCGAUGUGCAAAAACCAGAAAAUUCGCUCUUCGCUAUACUCUUCCUUCUCGGCCCUCCCUCUAAUCAUAUUGCUCAUCAUCGGUACAAGCCUCAUCGUCGUUGACAUAGGCCUGGAGCCCGCGUUGAACGCGUGGCAAGAGUUCCGCGCAAAGAGCCUUACGCACCAGAGUGUUUCUCGAUCCACGCACUCGCGUUUGGAGUGGCGCGCCAUGAGUUUUUUGCAACUUCAGCGCAUGGCACACCAAGGCAUUGGUAGCGGUACUUGGUUCAAGACUACAAGUGAGAAUCCGGUUACUCUACCGUACCAGGAACUGGGUAUGCUGGAUAUCAGGGAUCAGAAGAUUCCGCGCCUGAGAACGAUGACGGAAGAGCUAUGCCGUUGGUAUGAGGAUGGCGAUGACUCGAGUUCCAAGUAAGGAAUAAG